AUGGUGGACUACUACGAGGUGCUGGGCGUGCCCCGGCAGGCCUCCACAGACGCCAUCAAGAAGGCGUACCGCAAGCUGGCGCUCAGGUGGCACCCUGACAAAAACCCCGGCGACAAGGAGGAGGCGGAAAGGAGGUUCAAGCAGGUGGCCCAGGCCUACGAGGUGCUGUCGGACGCCGGAAAACGCGACAUCUACGACCGCUAUGGCGAGGCCGGAAUGGACGAUGGCGGCUACCCAGGAGGCCGCCCCUGCCAGGACGAGUUCGUCUUCACCUUCCGCGACCCCGCCGACGUCUUCAGGGACUUCUUCGGCGGCCGCGACCCUUUCGCCUUUGACUUCUUCGGAGACCCGCUGGACGUUUUGGGGGGCCGGAGACGCUCCCGCAGAAGCAGAUUCAGGGACUCGGAGCCCCUCUUCUCCACCUUCGCUGCAUUUCCAGCUUUCGAUGAUGACUUUUCUUUUAGCAGAGGAUUCACGUGCUUCGGCUCCCUGGGAAAUGAAGGCCUUUCCUCCUUCUCCAUGUCCUGUCGCAAUGGUGGGACGGGCAGUUUCAAGUCCAUGUCCACGUCCACGGAAAUAGUCAAUGGCAAAAAAGUCACCACCAAGAGAAUCGUUGAGAACGGCCAGGAGAGGGUGGAAGUGGAGGAAGAUGGACGGUUAAAGUCCCUGGUGAUCAAUGGCAGAGAGCGCUUGCUACACAUGGACCCAAGCAAUGCCCACUGA